AUGGAGGGGACCCCAGGGGGCUCACCAUACACCAGCUGGGCCUAUAACAACACUGGGCUCUACCCUCCCUCCACUGUGUGCCCCACCUGGGAGGACGCCCCGCCUCAGGUCUCAGAAGAUUCCUAUGCGAGAGGCACCUUCCCGGAGACCUUAACAACACAGCAACUGAGUCCGGACCUGCUGACACUGGGACCUGCGGUGCCUUCCUCCAUCCCUGUCCCCAGCAGUGCCUCCGGGGCCCCCGACUUUCCUAGGACCUUCUUUCCUCCCACCGGAAGCCCCCCCAAUCCAGUGGCCUAUUCCUUCCCCAAUCUUCAUGGAACCCUGCCCCUGGCCACCUAUGAGGCCAGGGAGUGUGAGUACUGCAGAGUGACAGCCACUCCGCUGUGGUACAUGUGCAGUGCCGAUGGUCAGAUGAUGAAUAGGCAGAACACGCCCAAAAAUCGCGUGAAGGUCAGCAAGUGGGCAGGUGCCCGGUGCGCCAACUGCCAGACAACCACCACGGCACUGUGGCGGAUGAAUGCCAAUGGAGACCCUUUGUGCAAUCCCUGCGGACUCUAUUACAAGCGACACCAGGUGAACCGACCAGCAAUCUUGUGGAAUGAUGUUGUAAAGACUAGAAAGCGCAAGGCAUCACAGAAAAAGAAGAAGCCAGCAUCAAGUCUGGGAGGCGCAGGACCAGCUGAUGCACCAGCCGGUGGCUUCAUGGUGGUGGCUGGGGGCAGUGAUGGUGGGAAUUCUGGGGAAGUGGCCUCAGGCUUGGCAUUGGGCCCGCCUGGCACUGCUCAUCUCUACCAAGGCCUGGGCCCCGUGGUGCUGUCAGAACCUGUCAGCCCCCUCAUGCCUUUCCCCGGGCCCCUGUUGGGUUCACCCACAGGCUCCUUCCCCACAGGCCUCAUGCCUCCCACCACCACCAGCACUGUGGAGGCGCCACUCAGCCAGUGAGCAUGGCCAGCAGUAGAGCCAGCAGUCUCUACAACCCACCCUCUGGGCCCCCCAAACCUUUUUG